CCACCUGGUGCACCUCUAGUCGUUCGGCGUUAUGGGACACGUCAAAGUCGCGACAAGCCGCUAUCAGGAGACCUGUUCCGCCACACGAUGAGGUGCAUCGUGACGACAGUCCGCGAGAACGCUUCGCGAAUCCACGGAUGAAAGGGAACAGUGUGCAAGAGUGUGUUCCGUGAGCAAGCUAACAUGAUCAGCGGCAUUCAGAUCGCCCUGAAGAAUGCCAUUGACGUGGUGAGUGACAAUCGGUCGCUGACGAUGACGACGAAAGCGUCUGCUGCGAAGCGUACAACUGCGUGUCGUCCUUGCACCACGAGAUAAGGAGGUGUUAGACGCUAUUUAGUUGUACAUCCACGUAAUAAGAAAAGACGUAACAUGUUCGUAGCAGAGUGUCUAACAAGUGGUGUCUAACAGAAGCUACUCACGUCAAACACUGCCGACACUGUUUAGCUUAGACAAUCGAUCAAGUACGAUGCGAUUCACAACAGCAAGUGUUUAUCAACUGAUUACUUGAUUUAUAUAAUAUUCGUGCUUGCUUCCAGUUGCACGCUAGAAUAAAACGUCAUCAUGUUCAAAAUAGCCCCACCAGCAACGCCGUUGCAAGAUUUCACCUAUCACUGGAAACAGUUGAUGAACUUUUAUGUCAGUCACCUAACUGACUGCAAGGUUCCCGUGCAGAACACUAGUAUACCUCGACACUUGGAUGUAUUACUGGAGAUAUUACUGCAAGAAGAAAAGGAAAAUGAACCAGGACCCUGCUUGGAGUAUCUCCUGCAGCAUAAGCUUCUGGACCUCCUGGCAACCCUAGCGAGUGCAGAAACGCCGCCUGGCAUGCGAACAGUUUGCCUUGCUUUUCUAAGGAAACUCUUGGGUAGAUCAAAGUACCCCUUACUGCACCAUGCGUCUAUCUACAUACCAAUACAGCGACUCGUGGCACUCUGCAAUGGCAAUCCCCCAUCUCCAAUCGAGGCAGAAGAGGUGCAAUUUCUGUUGACGAUCUGCUUUCUGGUGUGCAAGUACCCUCAUGUAACCAACAUCAUCAAUGAUGCGCCAAUUGCACAGACAUCCUCAACUAAUAAUCCUGUCAAGGAAGAUAACGAGAAGCAGGAGGUCCAGAAGGUGACUUAUAUUCCAACCAGACAAAGAAACAAUUCCAAUCCAUUGUUCGAACCUUUGGACACCCAAGCAAUAACAUUAGUCAAUCCGAAUCUCUUCGAUAAGGACCAAAAGAGAUUGCUGUGUUCAAGUAGAGGCUUUAAGAUGGGUACUUCAGUGCAUGUUUCAUCUAGGCGAUCAAAUGAGUCCGUGUCCUCAAGAGAGGAGAGUGUGUCGUCGAGUCCUUUAGCCCAGAAGUCCGUUUGCGAUUCACCCUCGACGAACACCAAAAGUGAUGAACAAUGGGAAGAGAAAUGCGAAGGAGACUCUUCAGAAAAUAAAAUCGAUGAGCAUUUGCAGAACUUGAGGGACUUGCGAUUGGAUUGCACUGAUUGCAAUGUUUAUGAUGACGGGAGUUACACGGUGGAUGAUAAUCAAAGUUUGAGGUCACCUACCAAGAUGCUGGGAAAGUCUCAAUGCCUCCUGCUGGACGCCUUGAUGAGCUACUUAAACAGUGCGGACAACACCGUGAGGAUACGUGCAUGUGAAGGAAUAAUGGUCCUAGCAUCCCUGGACGAUCCAUCGUUUGCGCAAACGAUAGCGAGGAGCGAGCUGCCGUCGAUAGUGUCGAAUCGGUUGGAGAAUUUAUUCAAUUCAAUUCCGGCACACGUGGACCAUCUGGAAAUAUACAACGUGGACGUCACGUGGGGCCUGGACUCGCCACUAUGGACCAAGGAGAAGAAAUUUCCCGGUUGUCGGCAGGUAGCGGCGUUCUUCAUGUGGUUCGACUACUGUGAUCAAUUAAUCAGAGAAGCUCAGACGGAUCUCGCCGAAACGUUAGCAAAAGCCAUUAGGGUGAUGUUCUUCGAGAGAAUAGUAACGCCUGCCUUGGCUGAUCAUCACGUCGUACUUAUUACUGCUCUAGUCGCUAAGUGUUUGAAGGAAAUCAGUUCCACUGCAUUGUGUGCAGAGGUGAGUUACUGGCUGGUCGGGCAAGACAGGGAUCCGGAUAUACCGAAUGUGUGGACAUCGCCAGUGUUACAUAGGUUGAUAGAGAACUGUUUCACGGAUAGCAAUGACCUCACAGUGGAAACUCUGAAGUUAUUCGAGGAGGCAAUAGAGAAGAGAAACGAGCACAUUUUGCACUGUCUCCUACUGAUCUAUCUAUCUACACGAGCGUAUUACGACAAUACCGCCGCGGACAGCGCUAUUGCUUCAUGGAGUGACGAGGAGGACGAAAGGGAGAAGGAAAAGAAAGGGUCUUUGGAUCUUUCCUAUGAACAGAGUCACAGUCGCACUUUGGCGCCGAGUAACAUCCAUCGAGUUAUUAACUGUUUCCUGUCGUUGAUGCCGCGCUAUCUGCAAGCAGACCCCGACGUCAAUAACUAUGAGAAGUACAUGCCAGCUUGGGAACGUCAGUAUUCAUCGGUGCUUUCCGAUUGCGCUCUGAUGGCAUGGCCGUUAGAGGCAGUGAUGGUGGACGAUUCCGCGAGCUCGGACUCGCGACCGGAAGCAGACCAUUGUUCAGGUCGAUUUUAUCUGGGGCCAUUCCUCAGCAUGCUCUUUGACAAAGUCAGCAACAUGUCGAAGCAAACGUACGAGAUCAAUCUAGAGGUCACAAGGUUGGUCUCGAGAUUGGCGCUACUGCCGCAUCCGUACCUACACGAAUUUCUGUUGAAUCCACUGCUACCCCUGAUACCAGGCACGAAGAGCUUGUUUCUGUGCUUGCAGAAGGUAGUCAAGCAGCUUGUCAGUGAGAUACCAAAAACAUCAGAGAGUAAAACAAUAUUGAAAGAAACGAGACAAAGGCUGCUAGGUGAUUGCUCCCAAGAAGAGGAAAAGGAGAAUAUUUUAUACGAAAGCGCCAUAGUAACGGAAGAAUUUUGCAAAGAUCUUGCAGCUAUUGCAUACGUUAAGUAUCAUCAUUCUAUUUAACAAAUUUCUAUAUACGAAUAUAGAAAUUUGUUUAAAAGAAAUGCUAUUUAGCUAAACGUAAAUAAAUUUUAAAUGUUAAUAUAUAUCAAAGUCACAUAAUUAUUUGUCACUUUAGAUAGCAAAUUCUUUUGCGAUGCCAUGUAAAAUACACAAAACUACAAUUAAGUAUGAUGCGAAUAAGUUUAAUUAAAUUAUUAUCAAAAACAU